AAGACCUCUUGUUCCACCAACCCCAAAAUUGUGAACCUUUCAAAGAGACGAAGCCUUCGAAUCUCUCUGAAACUUUUCUCUUCUCUUUGAUUCUUCUCUAUCAGUGAAUCUCACGGCAAGCAAUCCAGCAGGUGUAUGAUGCCAAGCUUAACAAGUGAACCCAAAAAUGUUGAAAUCUUUGGUGUCUAUGAAAUCAUAGUGAGCUGGUUUAGUGGUGUUGAUCAAGCCCCUCACUUGCUCACCAAGACAUCGGAUUUGUUGUGUGCUACCUUAAACUUUUGGUGGCCAAUUCUACAUCUGGAAGCUAGAAGAGUUAAACAUUAGAAUGAGCCGUUCACAGGAUCCACACCCUUCCCGAUCUUUCUUCCCUUUUGGAAAUCCUUUUCGGAUGAUAUCACCUAAAGGCUCUCGCAUGUCUCCACAACUUCUUGCAGUGUUGCAAGCUUUUGAGGCAACAUUGGCAGAGAGGCUGAAAAAUCUUAUGCCUAAAAGCAAGGAUGAAAUCCUCACCUUGUCUUGGAUGACUUUAGCUAUGAAGUCACUUUGUGAAAGUCACAAUGACAUACGGACCCUUAUGACUGCCCUUGAGCUUCCUGUGAGUGAUUGGGAGGACAAAUGGAUUGAUGUGUACUUGGACAUAAGUUCAAAGUUGCUAGACAUUUGCAAUGCAUUCAGCUCUGAGCUUUCACGUCUGAACCAGGGAAACCUUCCUCUUAAGUGUGCACUGCACAAUUUAGACUCUGCCUCUUCAAAGCAGUAUCUUCGGGCAUGUUCCCUACUUGAUGAUUGGAGGCAGCAUGUUAGUUCUAGGAACCCUAGAAUUGAGAAAUGUAGUUCUAUGUUAGAUAAUCUUGUGGGCUCACUUGAUCUUCCUAAGGUUAAAAAUUCUGCCAAAGGAAAGGUUUUGAUGCAAGCUAUGUAUGGAGUUAAGGUGGAGACUGUAUUUAUUUGCAGGGUGUUUACUGCAGCAUUCUCUGGCUCGUCAAAGAAGUUAUCAGACUUGAAUGUGGCCGACAUACAUUCAUGGGCUCCAGAUUUUAGAAGGUUGCAGGAUCUUGUAAAUGAGGAAAUUAGAGUUAGAUUUUCUGGUGGUAAAUUUACUGUAUUGAAUGAGUUGGAAGCGGUUGAUGCCUCUGUGAAGAUAUUAUAUCCUACUAUCCAAGCUGGUGUAGAUACCGUUGAGACAGAAUGGCUUGUGAAGACUGUUGAGGAAUUACGUGCGGGUGCUGAGAAGCUUUCACAAGGAAUUGAUCUUCUUGCAAAGGGAGUAGAUGGGUUUUUUCAAGCCGUUAUGACUAGUCGCGAUACUUUGCUCAGCUCUGUGAGGUUUGAUAAAACUGUAAAUGAUCGUUCCCCAGGCCGUAACAGAGACAUGCAGGUAGUUCACUAAUUAUGCAGUAGCCUAACUCUGGUAGGUUUUGGGGGGGUGUUCCUUUGUAGGAUUAGUAGUAUUUUCGGUCUUUAGUAGUAUUUAGCCGAAAUGUAUAUGAGUGGGGAUGUUAUGUGUAAUGUCAAACAAUUACAAAAUGCAGAUCUUUGUUAACGCUGGUGUGUGCUCGAAUGGCCCUUUAUCAUAAGAUGGACUGGGAUAAUACUUA